GGAUUGUAGCGGAGCCUGCGCACUGUCAUUUUGCUCAGGGCUGAGAGGGGCUCGGAACCAUUUUCUUCAGCGGCUGCGAUCGCCGAGAGAAAGGGGAGCUGGUGUGUAGGAGCGUGAUUGAGAGAGAGGAGCGGGGAGUCCUCAUAAAGAGCUCGUGUAGACCGCAAACUCUAAAUAAGACCUUCCAGGCCCCUUGUUAGGAAAUCUGGGUCUUUAUCCCGGGAAGAGGCCCAGGUUUUUACAGCCGCAGCUUUGGAGAGUUUUAGAAGCAGAUGAGCUUGAGACUGGACGGAGUCGGGUGAUGUCACUGAGGUGGAAAUAGGCGGUUUUACUGAGGUGGACAUGUGGUUGGAACCUCAGUUUGGGGUGAAAUAUGGUACCAAAGAUCUGAACAGUCUCCCUUCAGUGGCUGGGGAAUGGAGUUUGUAACUGGAUUGAAGGCACUGACUUUCAUCCUUUAGUCGAAGGAAGUCUUUGUUCCUACAGUGCUGGAUGUCAGACAGUUCAGGAUGGUGUGUCUCUGAGGUGAUAAUUUUCACAUCGAUCUGCUAGUCUGAUCCUUUAAACUGGUAGAGAUUUGAGGAUUUGGAGAUCCUGUCAAAUUUCUGGAUAAGUUGCAGAUGUAUAAAGUCCCUCUCCUUUCCCCCCUGCCUCUCCUAUUUCCUCCCCCCCUUUCCCCUGCCCUUUCUUUUGUCUCACAGCCUGAUCCAUGUAGGUUCUACAGCAUAGUGUAAGCCUAGACUAGGUAACAGAUUGCUUCCCUGAUUGACAUUAGUUUUGGACACGGUUAAGCUUCGAUGACAGUCCAGCAUCACUCAUGGGUAUGCAAAGUGAAUGAUUUGAAGUGAGGAUACUUAAACCAAACAUUACAUCAUGUCCUAAUGGAGUCACCUAAUUUAUCACAACCAGAAUAUCAACAGAUUUUAAACAUGGAAGGACAAAGCACUGUUCACAAUGAAAAAAACAGAUACUCGUGUUCUGUGUGCAAAAAAGGCUUCAGCCAAGCUACUGGCCUUGAGAACCACAAAUGUAGUCCCACUGGGGAGAAACCAUGGAAAUGCAGGGACUGUGAGAAAGGUUUCAGUCACCGCUCUGCGCUGAAAAUUCACCAACGUAUUCACACCGGAGAGAGGCCAUUCAUCUGCUUCAAGUGUGGAAAGGGAUUCACUCAAUUUUCCACCCUGCUGACACACCAGCGAGUUCACACUGAGGAAAGACCUUUUAAAUGCUCAGACUGUGGGAAGUGCUUUAAAAGUUCCAGUGAGCUGAUGUCCCAUCGGCGUGUACAUACUGAGGACAGACGGUUCAGAUGCUCUGACUGUGGAAGUGGCUUUAAGUGGUCAUCUCAACUUACUGUUCACCAGCGCAUCCACACUGGGGAGAGGCCAUUCAUCUGCUCUGAAUGUGGAACUGGAUUCACUCAGUCAUAUCAUCUCAAGGCACACCAGCAGGUUCAUAGUGAGGAGAGGCCUUUUAAAUGCCCAAACUGCAAGAAGUGCUUUAAAAGUUCUAGCUAUCUGCAAUCUCAUCAACGUGUUCACACUGAGGAGAGACCUUUUAAAUGUUCCGAGUGCGAGAAGUGCUUUAAAGGUUCCAGGGAGCUGAUCGUCCAUCAACGAGUUCACACUGAUGAGAGACCAUUCAGGUGCUGUCACUGUGGGAAUGGGUUCAAACGAUCGUCCCAACUCACUAUACACCAGCGUCUUCACACUGGAGAGAGGUCAUUCAUCUGCUCUGAAUGUGGGCAGGUAUUCAUUCGGUUUUCCACCCUGUUGACACACCAGCGAGUUCAUUCUGGGGGGAGGCCAUUCACCUGCACACAGUGUGGGAAGGGAUUUCGUGAGUCAUCCCACCUCAAGGCACACCAGCGAAUUCACACUGAGGAAAGACCCUUCAAAUGUCCGGACUGUGUGAAGUGUUAUAAAAGCUCUGGAGAACUGAAGUUACACCAACGUGUUCACACAGACGAUAGACCAUUCAGGUGCUCUCACUGUGGGAUUGGGUUCAAGUGGUCGUCUCGUCUCACUGCACACCAGCGCACUCACACUGGAGAGAGGCCAUUCACUUGCUCUGAAUGUGGGAAGGGAUUUACUCAGAAAAUCCACCUCAUGACACACCAGCGAGUUCACACUGGGGAAAGACCUUUUAAAUGCACAGACUGUGGGAAGUGCUAUAUAAGAUCCUGGGACCUGAUACGCCAUCAACGUGUUCACUCUGAUGAGAAGCCUUUUAUAUGCCCAGACUGUGGGAAGUGUUUUAAAAAUUCUGGGGAACUGACGCUACAUCAACAGUGUUCACACCAAAACCAAACAUCACUUCACAAUCUGAUGGAGUCGCCUGGUUUAUUGUCGCCUGAAUAUCGUUGGAUUUUGAACAUGGAAGGAAAAAGCACAAUUCACACUGAGGAUAAACUGUACACAUGUUGUACAUGUGGACAAGGUUUCAGCAGAUUAUCUGCCCUCUCGCAACACAAGUACAGUCACACUGGGGAGAUGCCAUUCGUCUGUUCAGAGUGUGGGAAAGGAUUCACUCGAUCUUCCUUUUUACGGAAACACCAGCAAGUUCACACAGAGGAGAGACCUUUUAAAUGCCCAGACUGUGGAAAGUGCUAUAAAAGGUCUGGGGCCCUGAAGUUGCAUCAACGUGUUCACACUGGGGAGAGACCCUUCAGUUGCUCUCACUGUGGGGCUGGGUUCAAGCAAUCAUCUGACCUCAUUGAACACCAGCGGAUUCACACUGGGGAGAGACCAUUUACCUGCUCAGAAUGUGGGAAGACAUUCGCUCGGAAAUCAAUCCUGCUGAAACACCAGCAAGUUCACACAGAGGAGAGACCUUUUCAAUGCUCAGAUUGUGGAAAAUGCUAUAAAAGAUCUGGCGACCUGAGGUCACAUCAACAUGUUCACACUGAUGAGAGACUGUUUAAGUGCUCCCACUGCGGAGCUGGGUUCAGGCAGUCGUUCCAACUCACUGUACAUCAGCAAACACACACUGGGGAGAGGCCGUACACCUGCACUGAGUGUGGGAAGGGAUUCACUCAGAAAUCCAACCUUCUGAAACACCAGCGACUUCACACAGAGGAGAGACCUUUUAAAUGCCCAGACUGUGGGAAGUGCUUCAAAAGAUCUGGGGAUCUGGUGUCCCAUCAACGUGUUCACACUGAUGAGAGACCGUUCAGAUGCUCUCACUGUGGGACUGGGUUCAGAUGGUCAACCCAACUCACUGUACACCAGCGAACUCACACUGGGGAGAGACCAUUCACCUGCACUGAAUGUGGGAAGGGAUUCACUAUGAAAUCCAAACUGCUACAUCACCAGCGAGUUCAUGAACAGUGACACUGACUGGCUUUUACUGUAAUAAAUAUAGUUCCCUUCCACUCUGCCACUCAGAUUGUCUAGCAAUGAAAUUUUGUCUUAAAUGUAAUGUAACAAGUACUUUAAAAAUCUCUAACACAUGUUGACGCUCUUUGAAUUGAUCUCCUUCUGACUGGAGGAAUUGGAUUUUGCUGUUAAUCAUAUUAAGCCACAACCAUGUUCCCUAAUGUCUUUUUCGGCUGUUUUUUUAAACUCCAGCCUAGUUAUGGGUCUUAAUAAAAACAAUUAUAUCAGGUCUGUGUUAAACAGCCUACUAAA